CAGAUUUUGUUUUUAAACACAUUGAAUUUUGUAACUGUUUCGGGUAGCCUUAAAGGUUGUAGUAGCAAGAAUAGCACGAUUCCAUCCAAGUUUAUCAGGUCUUACUGGGUUGGUGAUAUGAGUUGGACUCACGAUAGCCUUUUCUUGGCUUGCAUGUUAAAACGUGGAUCUUUGAUUAUAUUGACGUGCAUGGGUGAAAUGCUGACCUUGAUUACUUCUGGCUGCUCUGUAGAAUUUGGACCAGCAGAGUUUAUUCCAUUUCAUCCACUAAUAACAUGCAGACAGCAGCACUCUUUUUAUCAAGACUCGAGUCAGUCUCUUGGUUCUUCAGCUUCUGAAAGUGACCUUAUGAGACAGAGAUUUUCGGUUGCUUCACAUUCAAGAUUACCCUACCUCGUUGUCUCCGAUGGAUACAUGAUAACAGUGCUUAGAUUUCCUAACAACCUUUCACCAUCAGGAUUCAUAAGAACUCUUUUGCUCGAUUCAACCCAACGGCUUGAAAGUAUCCGUCGGAAUUUGCUGAACUCCAAGUCUAAAAGGAGACCUCUGUGUUUACGAUCACUGUUGUCUUUAAAAGCUAGUCUUUUAAAACAUGCUCAGAACCGAAGUUCCGUCUUUUCCACCAUUCCAAAGUUCCUGGAAGAGGACACAACAGAAAUUAGUGAGAAAACCAUGGAUUUACUGGAUCUUGAAGAAGAAUCAGAUGAUGAAAAGCAGUUCUGCAAUAGCCCUUCCAGCUUCUAUAGCCAAAGAAUCCAUUCAUUUGUUAGUAAAGCUGAUCAAGGCCACUUAGAAUUUGCAUCAAUGUUUGAUACUGUCCAUGCAAAAGACAAUAUGGAAGAGGAGGAUAAGUUAUCGGUGGAACUAUGUUCCAUUCAGAAAAACCUCAUUGCUGCAUGGCAGAUAGGGAUUUCCAAAAAUAUGGAAGAGAAAGAUAAGUUGCUGAAUUACAUAGUGAAUUGCAUUAUCCAUUUUUUCAACAUUCUUCAGUUUGUGAAAUGCUCUCUGCUAAACCAGGAUACAUCUUUAAACAAGUCUGCAGAGAAUACUCCCUGGAUAAGUUGUGUCCUGAAAUAUUUUCAGCAGUUUUUAACUAUCUUGUACUGGCAUUCAAGAGCCAGUCCAACUGGGCAUGUGGCAAAGCUGACACUACAAACUUUAAAACUAAUGCUUAUACAGCAACAAGAUCAAUUGUUCUCAAAAAACCUCUUGACAUGUUUCUGUCUUUUGAAAAUGGUUUCUCACACUUUAAGUAAUGUGUGCAAACUGCAGUAUGAGAAUUUUUUUUCAUCUCCUCGUGGUAAUAGUCUCGUAGAACUUGACUCCCUCACUGUGCCUGUUUUCCUAGUUCUGAAUGAGAGUACUACUCAGCAAUUCAGCUCACUGAAAUCUCUGCUUAGAGAGCCUCCUCGAGCAGUAAACCAUGAUGCUAAAACAGAAAAAAGGUUGCUUGUACUAUGGCGAUUAUUGUAUAAGAAAGUGGUUUGGUAUCAGGUCCAGCUGAAGAGAAAAGUAAACAAGAAUGUAGAAGAAGAGUCUGUUGCCUCAUCACUUUUAAGUCAUAUACAAGCGACCCUCCAGGCUUCAGGAGUCACCUUAGAACAACAUGUGAAGAUCAAUUCUGUAGCUGGUGAGGAGAAGUUCCUUUUAGGUUCAUACAGAGAAUCUCUGGACAUUUGGAAAAGGUCUCUAUGUGAAAUCAAGGGAAAAGGGGGAAAAAGAACAUGUUUUCUUCAGAGUAGAUAUUAUCUUGCAAUAUUAUUUUGCCACCUAUAUCAGUAUAACUUGUGUGAGGCUCAGGGACUCUGUGAUCACCUAGUAGGGGAGAUCCUAAGGCGAUCACAGCUGACAGUGAGUCAAAUGGAAAAAUUUUCUGGUAUGUUUAUAUUGCAUAGAAGUCUAUGGAUGGUAACAGAUAUUCAUACUGAAACUGCUAUGGCUGUGAUUCGGUCCAUGGCACGAUUCAUGGCUGCUUAUUUCACAAAUCAGCUGCUCUAUAUCUUUCCCCCCCACAACGUAGACAUCCUGCACCCACUUCACAUCAAGCAAGACGUAUCUCCUCGUAUUAUUCCACUGCAACACUGUUUGGUUACCAGAGCUGUCAGGGAACAGAAACUUUCAUCAGUGUGGACAGCAGAAUAUGCUCUCGAUUUGUUCUUUAUUGGUGGACUUAUUCCGGAGGCUGUGUGGUUAACACACAGACUUGGGGACUGGAAACUGUCUGUUUCAGUUGGAGUGGCCUACCAGCUGUAUUGUCAGAACUCUGAUGAAUUCUCAAGACUGAAAAACGCUGAGUGUCACCUGCCUUUAAGCUUAUCACCAAUGCAGACUUUUCAGGAAAAGUUGCAGUCUUUGUUAGGACAGCCAGUUACUUCUGAAACAUCAGGAUGUAUUAAGUACAAGCGGUUUACAGAUCCCCUUGAAGAGGAAGAUGCGGAUGUUCUUUAUAGUUCCAUACAGGAACUACUUAAAGCAGCUGUUAUGGCAGAUACUGAUAUUCUUUCAGAGACAUUUCAGCUUUUGAUGGAUUCUGCCAAGGACCUUAGCAGAAAAUUGUAUGGUUUAGUUCCAGAUGGGCUUUAUCUUCCAGCACCACCAUUAUACUGUCCUCAGCCAGCUUCUCUCAGUGAAGAAGACUGCAAUGACAUUCUUCUAAAAAUUGAGAGACAAAGUCGUCAGAAAGUGUCAGGAAUUCUUCAGCGAAUAAUCUUGCUCUUCCGGGCUGCUCAUUGUUCCUGCCCUGCAGCACAAUGGUAUAUCACAAAACUGAAGUGGGCAAGAAAAAUUAUGCAAAAAAUUCGAAUGAAAGGAUCUCUUCCUUCACUGAGUCCAUUCCCAGAGACUUUGCUUCGUUACUCCAAUUUCCGCACUGUUUUCUGUAGAACGACAACUUCUGGAGACCAUCAGUUUGAUGAUACUACCUGCAAAAUUUUAGGUUGGUUCAGAGAGCUGUGUGCAUUGUGCUGGAUGUUUCAUGUUCGUGAAAGAUUAUCUGACAACUGUAGGCGGUACCAAAUUGCAAGGGAAAAUCGUAACAAUCAUAAGGAUCUGAAGAAGAAUGAAUAUGAUGCCUCCACAGUUGAGCAUUGUCUGAAUACAGUGGAGUGGGCUUGUCGAAUGCUUCCUUUCUGCAGGUUCAUGAACGUUGAAGAAUUAGUUCAAGAUGUAAUUUUGAGUCUGCUUGGAGAAUUGCCACCAGUGAAAAAGGUGGCAGAGAUUUUUGUAAAAGCUUUUCCCAAUCCUGAAGAUAUAAGAGUUCCACUAAGAGAUAAAUAUCGUGGACUUCAGGAGCGACUCAGACACAGUGUUGUUAAAGGUUCUGAAAGUGAAGAAAUUAUGUCUGCUGUUAUACAGUCUACUGAAAAAGUGAGAAUGAAGUCCUUGAGACAUGUAAUAAAGAACAUAGGCCCCAUAGAAAUUAAUAUUUGGGAGCCGGUGGAAGAGGGAGCAGCAAAUGACGAACACUGUUAUGACAGAUUCUCAUUAGGCACUAGUCUAAGCAGAAGCACACUUACUGAUCUUGGACAUCCUCAGGUAUAUAGUGAUGCUGACACAACAGAUACACUUUCUGAUGCUUUGUUUGCUGAAGAAAUGAGAGCUCAAACACCUUCACUCCAAAGUGAACAUCCGAGACAAGAAGAAAUAGGUAGUAAAAGUACCACGUGCAAAAUAAAAGCUUUUAACUGGAAAGCAAAGCCUAAAGACAAAGUGUGUGGAGAAGAUAUGCAUAAUCAAUGUAAUAUACCUGUAGUUGGUACAUGGGAAUUUGAACGUGAUGACGAUGAAUAUGUAAUUUUUUUAGAACUCUUUUUGAGUUACAUUCUUGAGAGAGACCUCAUGAACUACAGUGACCUUGGAAUUCCAUUUCUUACUAGCUUUUCUGGACUUCUUCAAGAGCAUGAGUUAAACUCUCUCUGUUUUGAUGUUCAUACAACACUAAAACGUCGACAAAGCAAAACUAGGAGCCAAAGUGUGUUUAGAGCAGGGUCUUGCUAUACUGUCACCCUGGCAUCUUGCAAUCCUGAAACCGUAUCUGUCUGUAAUGAAAACCAAAAUAAUUUGGAAAAUCCAGCCAUUGUACGGUCCACUCUACAGACAACAGAACCCUCUGUGUGUAACCUAGUGAAAGGAUUUAAUGACGGGUUGUUUGGUUUAAAACAUAAGUCCAUUUACAGAGCUCAGAGUGACAAUCAAGAAGUCACUGUUGUAUCAGCAAGCCAGACAUUUCCUAACCAUACUUUCUCAAGCCUGCAAACUCAGGCAACUUCUAAAUACAUUUACAAAACUGUUGAUAUGGUUGAUAUUCUACCAGGAGAACAACUACCUGUAGAACUGAUGUGUAAGUUGAGCAAUAUUGCGAAAUUGCUUGAGUGGAUGAUCAGAUGGUCUGAUAAAAGACUGCUCUGCGGUUCCAGUAAACAAGAUUCCUUUGAAGAGGUUCUCCCAAUGAUACAUGUGAAAACAUCAUCGGCUGCUGUCCUUACUUCUUUGUGGCUGUUAGAAUGGUUAUAUGGAGAUGGAUCUCAAAAAAAGAGCAUUAAGUUUAAGAGUCCGGAUAAUCCAAAUCUAAAAGAAUUUGCAUCUCCAUCAGAAGCACAGUCUAGGACAGGGAAAGAAAGUAGUAUGGAUGAAGGCUCUUCCAUACUGUCCAGUCCUCCUGUUGAUGUCCAGAGAGUACAAGCCUAUGAUGAUCUUUGUGAAACUGGUUUUGGGAUGCCUGCAAAGUCAAAAUAUUUCAAUAAGAAGGAACUUAAACGUGGGAAUUAUUCUGUACCUCAUGUGACUGAAGAUCUUAAUGAAGUGGGACCAUUUGUUCAGAAGUUAGAUAUAACGUCAGAUACAG